GUCUAAAUAACAUGUAAUAUGUAUAUCUAAAUCAUUUGCUUAUUUGAUUCCGACGGCGUAAAAUAUAUACUUGUUAAAAUUUUCAACGAACACAUUUUUCAAUAGCAUAAAAACAACGGAAAGAAACGCAAGAUGUGUGUCUUCAGCUGUGCAGCGUGGGUUCUCUUUUACAUAUACGGGACCAUUUGGCCGGCCUUUUACACAUUCAAGGCUGUGUCGAAUGGCACUCAAAAGGACCUCACGGCCUGGGCUAAGUAUUGGAUUGUGAAUGCCUUCAUUGCAACCUUCGAGGUGCUGGCCGAUAUGUUUAUCUCGUGGGUUCCACUGUAUGGCAUCACCAAAAUGACGUUGAUGUUUUGGAUUGGUCACACGGCGCCAGCUGCCAAUGUGUGGAUUUUUAAUUCGAUCCUGGGUCCAUUGCUCUUCAAGCAUCAGAAGCAGAUCGAUCACUUCUUGCAACGGGGCAAGCAGCAGAUGCUAAGCGAGUUCUUCAUUUGGGGAACGCAGAUUAUCAUCCGCAGCCGAAAGACCGUACUGCCCGUUAUCUUCGGCGUUUUUAAACGCUCCGGGAAUUCCAUUGGAAUGUCGCAAGAGGCCACUGAUGCAGACGGUUUGGAGGAAUGCGAAUUGUCAGAUAACCGGGAAGCUGUCCCCAAUAUAUAUCCUGACCCCGAAAUGGAUGCUGAAAAACUGACUUUAUCGUCAGCCGUAGGCGUAGCCGGUACACCGGUGGCUCACUCGUCUAAGGAUUCAUCUGGCGAGCUGGAUAAGAAAAAUGGCUUGCCUACGGAAUCGUCCGGGACCUCUCUAAGCCGCGGCCAACGCAAGCGUUUGUUGCGUUCCUCCAAUACGAAGAAUGAAAUUGAGGAUCUACCGGCAGUGCCAAUUCCAAAUGAUGAAGGUAACGAAGAAACAGAGGAUCUGCUGGCCAAGUCACAAAAGGAGGGCAAUGGCCAGACAUUCAGACAAUUUUUGAAUCCUCGAAGCAGUACAUUUUUAUCAGUCAAAGCUUUCUACGCUAUUCAAGCACAGUACCUAAAGUGAGAAUACACACUCUAUACUAUAUACUCUUUGGGUAUAACUAAGCACGGAACAUACAUACACAUGACCGCUAUUGGGGUCACUUGUUGAUGUCGUUGAAUACCUUUAAUUGUCGAUUUCCGCACACCGUUCAAUCGUUGUACACAAUUAUUUCAGAUCAAAUCGUCGUCAAAAUGUUCGGUACUCAUUCAACCAAAACAAAAAACUCAACUACGCAGAAACACACAAUGUGAAUCAAAAGCUAAUAUCAAACUCACCGAAACUGGACGCUUAGGCCAAUGUAAUACCUUGGCGAUCAGGCUCAUCUCAACCACAUCCCUUUUUACUGCAUAGAGACGGCACCGCGAAAAGUUUGCAAACUUUUCAUCAACAGCAAAGCACUGGACAUUUGUGAACUUGGCAAUACCACGGACCUAAGAAGAUCAGAUCCGUAAAUCGAAACAUAACCAGAGGUGAGUGCUCCAAACUUGCCUGGAGAAUGUGCCAAAGCCCAAUCCAAACGAAGAGGUGGCCCCACAAAGUGGCCAUAACCGAAGACAGGGAAAAACUCUUUAUGACUGAACCAAUCAGUCAUCAAAACGAAUGUGAUGUGCCAUCGAAAACCAAUUCAUGCGAGAAAUAAAGCUGAUACAAAUCAAACAUUAUGGGCAAUUAUUAAAACCAUACCAGAUAAUUACAUGAGCUUUGCUUUGCUC